UCUCUUCAGCUUCAAGUACCAGUAGGGCAGCACACUUGCACUGGCUUAAGCUUGCCAGUGAGCUCUAUAGAGUGCUCGUCAUGGCUUCGCCGGCGUCGGUCGCCGGCGGUGGUGAGGAUAGCAAUGGCUGCAGCAGCCUCAUCGACCCGCUGCUAGUGAGCCGCACGAGCAGCAUCGGCGGCGCGGAGAGGAAGGCGGCCGGCGGCGGCGGCGGCGGCGCCAAGGGGAAGCACUGGGCCGCCGCCGAUAAGGGGGAGCGGCGCGCGGCGAAGGAGUGCGGCGGCGAGGACGGCCGCCGGCCGCUGCUGUUCAGGUCGUACAGGGUCAAGGGCUCCCUCCUGCACCCGUACAGGGCUCUGAUCUUUGCACGCUUGAUUGCCGUUCUCCUCUUCUUCGGAUGGCGGAUCAGGCACAAUAAUUCUGACAUAAUGUGGUUCUGGACAAUGUCAGUCGCCGGUGAUGUUUGGUUUGGUUUUUCAUGGCUACUUAACCAACUCCCAAAGUUCAAUCCGGUCAAAACCAUACCUGACCUUACUGCCCUAAGGCAGUACUGUGAUCUCGCCGACGGAAGCUACAGACUUCCCGGCAUCGAUGUUUUCGUCACCACCGCUGAUCCAAUCGACGAACCGGUUCUAUACACCAUGAAUUGUGUUCUCUCUAUUCUUGCGGCUGACUACCCUGUUGAUAGGUCAGCCUGCUAUCUCUCUGAUGAUAGUGGAGCAUUGAUCCUAUAUGAAGCAUUGGUUGAGACAGCCAAAUUUGCUACUCUAUGGGUUCCAUUUUGCCGGAAGCAUUGCAUUGAGCCUAGAUCCCCAGAGAGCUACUUUGAGCUUGAGGCACCAUCGUAUACUGGAAGUGCACCAGAGGAGUUCAAGAAUGACUCUAGGAUUGUGCAUCUUGAGUAUGAUGAGUUCAAGGUGCGAUUGGAAGCACUUCCUGAGACUAUUCGUAAACGAUCAGAUGUUUACAAUAGUAUGAAAACUGAUCAAGGAGCACCAAAUGCGACUUGGAUGGCUAAUGGGACCCAAUGGCCAGGCACGUGGAUUGAGCCAAUAGAAAAUCACAGGAAAGGACACCAUGCUGGAAUUGUUAAGGUUGUGUUGGACCAUCCCAUCCGUGGCCACAAUCUUAGCCUGAAGGAUAGCACGGGCAACAAUCUUAAUUUUAAUGCCACUGAUGUGCGCAUCCCGAUGCUUGUCUAUGUGUCUCGUGGAAAGAACCCAAAUUAUGAUCAUAAUAAGAAGGCGGGUGCAUUAAAUGCGCAACUUCGUGCCUCUGCUCUACUCUCCAAUGCACAAUUCAUCAUCAACUUUGAUUGUGAUCACUACAUCAACAAUUCUCAAGCCUUCCGUGCAGCAAUUUGUUUCAUGCUUGACCAAAGAGAAGGUGAUAAUACUGCCUUUGUUCAGUUCCCACAACGCUUUGACAAUGUUGACCCAAAAGACCGAUAUGGCAAUCAUAAUCGUGUAUUCUUUGAUGGCACAAUGCUUGCCCUAAAUGGUCUCCAAGGACCUUCAUACCUUGGUACUGGUUGCAUGUUCCGUCGCUUAGCUCUCUAUGGUAUUGAUCCUCCUCAUUGGAGACAAGACAACAUCACACCUGAAGCUAGCAAGUUUGGUAACUCCAUACUCUUAUUAGAGUCAGUGUUAGAAGCCCUAAACCAAGACCGAUUUGCUACACCAUCACCGGUCAAUGACAUAUUUGUCAAUGAGCUGGAGAUGGUUGUGUCAGCUUCAUUCGACAAAGAAACCGAUUGGGGCAAGGGUGUUGGAUACAUAUAUGACAUAGCCACAGAAGAUAUAGUCACGGGUUUUCGCAUCCAUGGGCAAGGUUGGCGAUCCAUGUAUUGCACCAUGGAGCAUGAUGCAUUCUGUGGCACUGCACCUAUAAAUCUAACAGAACGUCUUCACCAAAUUGUACGUUGGUCUGGUGGAUCCCUAGAGAUGUUCUUCUCCCACAAUAACCCACUUAUUGGAGGUCGUCGGCUCCAACCUCUCCAGCGUGUCUCAUACCUCAAUAUGACAAUCUACCCGGUGACAUCACUCUUUAUUUUACUCUAUGCUAUCAGCCCUGUGAUGUGGCUUAUCCCCGAUGAAGUAUAUAUUCAGAGGCCAUUCACUAGGUAUGUGGUGUACCUUCUCGUGAUCAUUUUGAUGAUUCAUAUGAUCGGAUGGCUCGAGAUAAAGUGGGCAGGGAUCACAUGGUUAGAUUAUUGGCGCAAUGAGCAGUUCUUCAUGAUCGGCUCAACGAGUGCUUACCCAACAGCUGUGCUUCAUAUGGUGGUCAAUCUUCUCACAAAGAAGGGUAUACAUUUUAGAGUCACUUCAAAGCAAACAACCGCUGACACCAACGAUAAAUUUGCUGACUUAUAUGAGAUGAGAUGGGUUCCCAUGUUAAUCCCAACAAUGGUAGUUUUAGUUGCUAAUAUCGGUGCCAUUGGUGUAGCUAUUGGAAAGACGGCAGUAUAUAUGGGAGUAUGGACGAUAGCACAGAAGAGACAUGCUGCAAUGGGACUCCUAUUCAACAUGUGGGUUAUGUUUCUCCUUUACCCAUUUGCACUAGCAAUCAUGGGGAGAUGGGCAAAGAGGUCAAUCAUUCUUGUUGUUUUGUUGCCAAUUAUCUUUGUAAUUGUUGCCCUUGUAUAUGUUGCUACCCAUAUCUUACUAGCAAACAUUAUUCCAUUCUAGGUGCAUAGAUAAAAGAUUGUAUUGUUUAACUUUUGUAAUAAAUAAUAUUGUUCUUGAACUAAUCCAAUUGUGUCAAA